ACCGGGAAUAUCGGGGACAACCGGGAAACCGAGAGGACAACCGGGAACACCGGCUCGGACACGGCGGCACCGGGGAGCGGUGAACCGAGGGAUUGCCCCGGUGUCGGUCCCGGUGCCGGUCCCGGUGCCGGUCCCGGUGCCUCCCGUGCCGCCAGGAACUGCCCCGGGUUUUCCUGCCCGUCCCGUCCCGUCCCGGUGCGGCGGGGCGCAGCGCGGGGACCCCGGCCCGGUAUCGGUUCUGCUUUCGGCGGGGCGGGAGCACCUGCCCCGGGAUUCCCCACCUGCCGCCGCCCCAUAAGAGCCCGGUGGCGGCGCCGGUGGCGGCACAGACCGGGCAGCGAUGGCUCCGCUCCGCCGCCUCCGCCUCUGCCUGCUGCUGGCUCUGCUGCCGCCGCCUCCCGCCGCCCCGGCACCGGCACCGGGACAGGCACCGGGACAGACAGCGGUACCGGUACCGGACUGGGCCGCCUGCAGGGUCCUGUCCCGGGAGCUCUCGCGGCUGCUGGGGACGGUCAGGGAGCCGCACCCGGUGCUGGAGGGGCUGCAGCUGCUCGAGGACGAACCCCAAAAUUGGCCCCCCCGGAUCCGCUGCAGCGACGCCUGCGACCCCCUGAGCCUGGAGAGCAACCACACGCGCUGCCUGCAGCGGGUCCGGCAGGCGCUGCAGCACUACCGGGACCUGCUGGGCUCCGACAUCUUCCGCGAGCGGCCGCAGCCGCAGCUGCAGAGCGCCCUGGAGCGGCUGCUGCGCCACGUCCCGGUGAGCGCCGGGGCUGCGGGGCGGCCGGGGCCUCCCCCGGUGUCCCCCGGUGUCCCUCAGGGUCCCACAGUGUCCCUCAUUGUCACUC